CCGCCCCUCAAACUCAGUGGAUGUGGAUGCGAGAAAAAGGCCAGCAACAGAGUGACAGACAUCGCAGCCCCGCCGCUCCGCUCCGCUCCGCUCAGCGUAGUAGUGGAUAUCUUCUCUGUAUACGGCGAGCAGAGGCGAGCCAAAACGAGCCGCAUGCUUGCUGUGCAACAAGGCGAACAGGAGCAAAAUGGACCGCCGGACAGUAGCACCAGUACCAGCAUCCCGCGAGGACCGAUACAGUUUCUAGGGUCCUGUUAUAUCCUGGAAGACACAUGGUCAUGAAGAAAUAGAAGUAUCAGUUGAGGCCCUCCAGCUGACCUCUGGGCUAAGUCCUGGCCGUGGGGCUUUGUUGUUGAUGGGCCAGCUGAACAGGCGUGUAUGUGAGUGAGAGGUAAUGAAGUCCAGGAUGAGGCAGUGGCGGAGGAUAGUGCUGGUGGGAAUGCUGGCUUGGGUUCUCCUCUUCCUAGCCCUCCUCUCUUACUUUCUGGAUGCUCGUGUGAAUGAACCCCUGACCUCUGUUGGCUCUUUACUCUCCCAGCACCCGGACACCCGUCGCCUAGCUUCUAUACAGGCCUCCCAUCAACAAAAUGCCAACCUGGGCUCACGACUUGAGCUGGUUUCCACCUUAACGACAGCCUACCCUGGAGAUAAGCCAGAGCCAGAGCCUUCUGCCCGCUCCACGACCCAGGAGUUCAGCCUGGAGGUGAGCCACAGCCCCAACACUGCUCCCUAUGCCAUUUAUGGUAGCCAGGAGACCAGCCACCAGGACUACCUGGACCCACAGAGCCUGGCUGCCUGGUCCUCCUUUGGUACAGAAAAUGUGGGUUCUCACUCGGACCCUUCAGUCCAGAGUCGUGAGAGAACUUCCCAGACAGAGUACCAGAACCACGUCAGCACCACACACUAUCACGGUGGGGGGGAAGAAGAAGAAGAAGAAGAAGAUGACAGGGACAACGAAGAAGAAGAACAACUAGAAAACAGAAUAAGGGUUACAGGAGGCAGGAGGCUCGGUGGCGACUCCUCUGAUCUGGAUGAAUAUUACUUCUCCAAGUCUGCCUCUGUGGUGCAGAGGUUGUGGCGGGGUCGUGUGUCUGCCGGCAUGCUGAGUCCUCGGCUGCAGCGCGCCAUGAAGGACUACGUUAGUGCCAACAAACACCAUGUUUCCUACGAGGGGCAUCGCAGUGCCGCCCAGAGUGCUAAGGAGCUACUGUGUCAAAUGAAAGCCCAGGCCCAGCUCAGGACAGUGGACGGGUCGGAGCAGCCCUUCUCUUCACUUGGUUGGGCUCGUCUUGUGCCGUCUCUUCCCCUAAAGCGACUGCACAGGCGGGAGGACCAGAGUAGCUUCAAGACCUGUGCAGUGGUCACCUCGGCGGGUGCCAUCCUGCGCUCAGGACUGGGCAAAGAGAUCGAUACUCAUGAUGCAGUUUUACGAUUUAACGCUGCACCUACAGAGGGAUAUGAGAGAGACGUGGGCAACAAAACCACCAUCCGCAUCAUCAACUCACAGAUUUUGGCCAAUCCUAAGCAUCGAUUCAACACAAGUUCAAUCUACAAGAAUGUGACUCUGGUGGCCUGGGAUCCUGCACCUUACACUGUCAACUUACACAAGUGGUAUGCCAGUCCGGACUACAACCUGUUUGGUCCGUACACGGAGCACCGCAAGCUCCAUCCCGGCCAGCCCUUCUACAUCCUUCACCCGAGCUAUGUGUGGCGACUCUGGGAUGUGAUACAGGGCAACACUCAGGAGAAUAUCCAGCCCAAUCCUCCCUCCUCUGGCUUCAUAGGCAUCCUCCUGAUGAUGGCGCUAUGCGAGCAGGUGCAUGUGUACGAGUACAUUCCCUCCAUGAGGCAGACAGACCUGUGCCACUACCAUGAGCGUUAUUAUGAUGCUGCCUGUACACUGGGUGCCUACCAUCCCCUCCUGUAUGAGAAGAGCCUGAUCCAGCGGAUCAACACCGGCCCCGAGAGUGACCUCAGGAGGAAGGGACGGGUCACUCUUCCGGGUUUCAGCACCGUCAACUGUGAAAUCUGAGAUAUGAAACCUGACCCCUCUGAGCCCGAACAUACACACACACUCCGGCCUUUUCUGGCUGACUAAGGGAGAGGUGCAAUAAAGCCACUGGCGACAAGGAGGCUGGAGCUUACAAUAUUCACAUUAGACCCAUGAAGAACAUAAGCCAUAGCCCUCCAGGGAGGGAUCUACGUGGAGACUUCUGAAAGAAUGUUUCUUCAUUUUAAAUGGUUUACUAGGCCAGAGACUGGCAGGUAGAGUCUCCAAGAUGAAGCUAAAAAAAGACGUUUCUCUCUGCUUUAGCUGAGCCACGUUAGCUGUGGAGCUGACUAGGGUAGCAACAGAUAAGUGUUUUUAGAUAGACAAGUGAAUUUUCAAUAACUGGGUUGUGUCAAUGGUGGUAAACUCUGUGUUUUUCAAUAGUAUGGGUGGUUCGCCACUUGAAGGAAAUGCCACUGUUUAUAACGUGGAUCCUUGUGCUUUUUCUUUUUUUAAUGGUCCAAAGGGUUGUGAAUAAGCAAAGAAGUCAUCCACGCUGAAUGUCAUAAAUGCAACAUACACUCACAAAUAUACAAACAUUCACACUUACAUAGAGCAGCAACUCAUGCAGAAGAUCGCACAGUGUAAAAAGACCGUUUGGAGUCACACCAGUCAGAUUACGCUCUGCAGCAGGUGUUGCCGUCCGACAUUCCUCUAUCGUCUUGUGAAAUCCAACAUGUUUUGUGUUGUCACGAGGGGUUUAUUUCACACUUAUAAGGCCUAUUAAAUUACCCUUCUGUGCAUGCCAACUUGCCAGCUCACUACCACCUGUAUGUCGCUCCUUGUUCACACUUAAAUGAUUCCUCAUUCAGAGUCAAGAAGCCUGUCUCUCAAUUACUAGCCCACAGGAAGGAAAACACUGGUUGCCCUUUAUGGAUUCAUCCUACCAAUAGUAACAUUUUUUUUUAAGCGUCAUUAAAUCAAAGUGAAUGGGGCCUAAAUGGAUCUUCAGAACAAACUGGUGCUCAGAACAGCUGUAACCCUGUGCCUAGGGGUCGACUGAACACGUUCCUCGGGUUGCCUUGUGACUGUUCAGGUACAUGCAGUACAUACUGUGGCAGGACGCAGGUAUGAAGCAGUUGAUAUUGUGGUGUCAGUGAGCUGUAUCAGGGGAUUCUCAGCUCUGCCUUUGGCAUCACUAGCCCCUGUUUAUGACAGUCAGUUCACUCUUUAUUGAAUGUAAUUUUCCCACUGCGUGUAAUGGCCAAACCCUCCCUGAAGCUCACCAAUGCAGUACAGUAUGGUCUGCGCAUGUGCAGGGUUAUUUCUUUAUCAUGUAACAGCAUAAAGCUAAUUUCCUGCAACUAUUAAUGUCUCAUAUUUGCUGAAUUCUUUAAUAUUGGUCUGUGCCCAUUCACAGCUCAGAGUGGAGACGAUUAUAAAAGAGGAAGUUGAACCGGUAAUAUUAGCAGAUUUGCUUUGUCUCCAACUAGGAUGGUUUUUAUGAUUACAGUGAGUCAGUGCCACAUCUGCGGCAAGCUCUAGAGGUAUUAGGUCAGCGUGGAGAGGAAGAUUGGUUGUGAUUUUUGCUGUAGACAUUCAGAAAAAUCUUGCCUAUAACAGAGAUUUCUAUUGCUUAGUGUGCUUUUCAAAAUGUUCUUGUGCCAUUGGUUGUGGUUCGUUAUAAGAUGUGAAAACGUGUCUCAGAAAUGUUGCUUUGAAUAGUGUAUGUUGAAUUAGAUGGCUCUGUAGUAGUAUUAUGUAGAUGAUUCUGGGGCUUAACAUUACUUGUUGUUGAGUAGGGCUGGGUAUCAUCCAAAAUGUGUCAGUAGUACUACAAACAAGUACAGUGCUGAUACCAAAACAAUGCAUUUUUUAAAUUUACAAAACACCCUUUUAUAACUCAGGCAACAACUGAUCAAAGAAUAGAAAAAAUACCUGAACAAGUUUUUGGUGCAAAUUUUCUAUAUUUGUCGGGGUGGGUGAUAUAGAUAAAAACCUCUAUUAUGAUAUUUUAUUUUGCAACAUUGACUAUAUCGAGAUAUAGUAAAUUCUCUGGAAAUUAUGUUGAGAAACUAUACUCAGUUGCCAGUUUAUUACAGUAGGUACAAUUUGCUAAAACUAAGUCUAGUAAAUAAAUAUAAAUUCAUUAAAAUGAAUCACAGUGGACAAAAUAUUAGAAACCCUACAAUUGAAUCAACAUCUCUCUAAAACAGGAUUUAUUAGACAGCAUUACUUUUAGCUAGUUGGAAAACUGGAAACUGAGUGUACAUGUAGAUAAAAUAACCAGAUGGUAAUGACUAAUUCAGUGAAUUACAUACAUGACAUAGGUAUUUCAUCACAUUGAUGCAAAAUUCUGUAAAUCUAAUAUUGCCACAAAGCAGUUGCCCUUAUUGAUACGCAGCUGCCUUAGUAGAAAUUGUAAAGAAAUAUCUCUGACAGUUGAAAAACGGUCUCACAUUACAUAUAUGGUCAUAUCGCCCAGCCCUACUCAACAGUUUUUAAUACUAAAUUUAAUGGAUGCAUUUUGAAUACAAAAACGUAGUGAGGUUUGAUACCCAGCCCCAGUUUCAGGUGGAUUGUCUGGCAUGUCAUUAGAAGAUUUUUGGAACAAGGAACCUGGUAAAAACAGGUAGAUGACUGUAAAGGAGGUUUAAAAAUGGACUAUAGAAAACAUUUUUGAAGCUUAAAGCAACACUAUGUAACUUUUCCCGCUUCGGUCCCCCUACAGGUUGUCUCAUUGGAACUACAGCUCGCGCUAAAAGUUACAUAGUGUUGCUUUAAUGAGAUUUAUCAAUUAUUUUGGAUCAUGCAGGUUUUCAGCUCUGCUGUAGGUUUUAUGUUUCUCUGUUCAGAUAAAUAAUCAAAUGUUUUAUUGCUUGUGAUUGUAACACACUGAAGGUGAAAAACCCCUGAACAUAUUGUACAUGUAUAUUUCUAAUAACUUGGAUUACUUUCCAAUGCACAGAGCAUGCAAAUCAGGAUCAGGGUAAGAGUCUUAAACUGUCCGUGCUGUACUGUGCUGCAAGUAGACACCAUUGUCAUUAAUGUUGUGAGAGGCAAUUGUGCUAUAAGAUUUUUUUUUUUCCUUAAGUGUUGUUUUGCAGAUUUUAGUGCAUGUUUGUGGACAGGGAAUCCCAUUCAGCAGUGGUGCAGCUGUAAGUAGUUCCCUGGGAGCACUUGAUUUAGUGCUAUGCAUUCUGGCAACUUUGUCUUCACAUCUUAAUAUUGUGCCAAAUUCCGUUUUUAAAUAUGUCUUAACGGACUCUAAGUAAUAGCAGGACUUCUAAGGUGCUAUUGCUUCUCUCUGGAAUGUUUUAAGGUGGGAUUUAAUGGAAAUUUUAAUUCUCUUUAAGAUAACAAUUGUAUUGCCAGGAUUACAUACAGGAUAUUGUGCUAAAACGUGAGUGGUGAGAUUAGAGAAAAAUCCAUGAGAAAUUUGCAGCCACUGUUUAUUACGUUUUUCCCUCUCAGCCUCUUUCUCUCCACUCUUUACUCCCGAGGCCUAGUUUUCAUGCCAUGUUUUUACUCAGUAUUGUGGGAAUUUCUGUACCACACUGCCUCUAAAGGAUUGUUUAACAUUUUAAGUUUUUUUGUUUACAUUUCCCUUCUGCGGCUUCCUGCAGUACUCAUGAAAAGAGGAAGAGGAAAAAAAUGCAUCCAUAGCUGAACAUAGUAAGAGUGAAAGUCCUGUUUUUACUCCCAACAGCCUUAGGAUGUUCUUCUGGACUUUGAUUUGUCAGUGAAUUCUCUUACACUUGAAUUGAUAUUUAAAUAGACCAUUUGUAUGAUUUCAGCUGUUGUAAUUUGUCUUUUUUUACUGUGUAAAUAAAGCUGUCGUACAUGUCCAACUGUC